AUGCAACAAGUCAAAAGUAUAUUACUGGUCCUAGGGAUGUUAGUAAUGAACGUCAUGUCAUUACAUUUUGAAAUUCCUGCUACAAAAAACCCAGAACCAUUUUGUGUUCGUGAUUUUGUUGCAGAAGGUCAAUUAGUUGUUGUAAAUUUAGAAUCAGAUGGGUAUAUUGGCGAUGGUCAAAUGUUAAGUCUUUAUGUUCGUGAUUCUACUGGUAAUGAAUAUAGAAGAAAGCGUGAUUUUGCAGGUGAAGUUCGUGUUGCUUUUACUGCUCCAUCUUCAGUUUCCUUUGAUGUGUGUCUAGAAAAUGUUUUAACCAAUGGUCAAAAGCCUUUGACUAGAUCUAUUGAAUUAGAUAUUGAAAGUGGUGCUCAAGCGCGUGAUUGGAAUAAGAUUAAGGCAAGUGAAAAAUUAAAACCAAUUGAAGUGGAAUUAAGAAUGGUUGAAGAAUUAACUGCUGAAAUUGUUGAUGAAUUGAAUUAUUUGAAAAACAGAGAAGAAAGAUUGAGAGACACCAAUGAAUCCACUAACUCAAGAGUUAGAAACUUUUCUUUAUUAAUAAUUGCUGUGUUGAUUGCCUUGGGUGCUUUCCAAUUAAACUAUUUAAAGAAUUAUUUCAAAUCCAAGCAUAUCAUUUGA